AUGUCCGCCCCUCCGUACCUCGACGCCGCUGCUGCCGCGGACCUCUCCGCCAUCCUCGUCCGCCUCGUCUCCGCAUUCAAGGUGUAUACGGCCGAGGAGAUACAAAUCUGUCUGCCCCAGUUUCCCGAUACCAACACGAUGUAUCGCUGGGCGUCGUGGGCCCGCGCCCUCGUGAUUGACUUCUAUGGCUACAUUGUGAACCAUCAUCUAGCGGUGCAGUUCCACCAUCCCCCGGCUGAGUUCGACAUCCAGCCCGUUCUCGUCCGGCUUUCGAUGUCGAUGUACCACCUCUCCGGAAAUGACCGUGUCCCCGCCUCCCUCUGACCCCUCC